UCCUCUCAUCAUCCCACAAGCCUUCUUGGGUCAUCUCACAAGCCUUCUUGAUAGAUAUCAUCUCUUUAUGAUCGACUAAUCCAUGACGAUCACCAAAGCUCUGUUCCUGAUCACCGUCGCCUCCACAAUGCUUUUCGGUAUGGCACUCGGCGCGAGCUACAUGGUGGGCGCUCCGGCGGGGUCAUGGGACCUCAAUACAAACUACACCCAAUGGACCUCUGCCCGCCGCUUCUUCCCCGGCGACAGCCUCAGCUUCCAGUAUCCCGCCGCAACCCACAACGUGUUAGAGGUCACCAAGGCCGUCUACGACAGCUGCAACACCUCUGUUUCCAGCUCCACCAACAGCAGCGCCGUCAUUGCGACAUACCACACGGGCAACCACGUUAUCACGUUUGCGGCCUCGAGAGUUACGAGGUACUUCGUGUGCGGCUUCCCUGGGCACUGUGCUGCGGGGAUGAAACUGAAGGUGAAUGUCGGCGCUCAGCCGCCGGCGCCAGUGCAGUGUCGGGGGCGAGGGCGAGGGGCCAAGCGGAUCAGGUGCACCCGGCCGGCGCCGGCUUCUCCUGCGACGAGCUUGGCGAUUGGCGGUGGUGCUGACCGGUCAAGCCUUUGGUUGGCCACCGCCGUGACUGCGGGUCUCUUGGUCCUCAAUUUCUAGAGUAAACGAUUUUUUAUGAUUUUUAUGGCAGGCGUGUGCUUGCUAAUGCUGGCGACAUUCCUUCAUUUCUUAUAAUUUGUGAGACGUGGUCGGGCGUGCGUCCUUGUUCCUUAAUUCACUUGUAAUAUUUGUACAAAAAUCAAAUGUAUUCAUUUUUCAUUGAAUGUAAUUCGAUUCAUUUAAUUUUAAUUAAUGGGGCUUUGUUGAUCUCACAUAUCAGAGAAAUUUAGCGUUUG